AUGGACCACACUGUAACGAUUAAGAAGGCAGGGUUCAUCAGCUGCAAAUCCUGCCGUACAAAUGUCACGACCAAGACUGACGUGGUCGUGUGGAACCCAUGGGCUGAACGUGCCAAGGUCAUGCAGGACUUUGGUGAUAUGGAGUACAAGAAUAUGGUUGCCAUUGAGCCCGGCCGCGUGAACGUAAAGCAACCUCUUUCUGCAGGAAAGACCUACACACUCAAGCAGACUAUCUCGGUUACCAGUCUGUAA